AUGGCUUUGGAUGAGUUAAAAACACAGCGAAAGGUCAUUAAAUAUAGCAUUACUCGACAUCAAACUGCGGUAAAUGCCUUUAAAGAAGGAAGUAAUGUUGUAACUUUAGAGACUAGACUUUCAGACCUGUCGGAAUUAUUUAAAAAAUACAAUGCAAUUCAAAGCGAUAUUGAAUCGCUUCAGUUUAAGGAAUUAUCGGAUAGAGAUGAUUUUGAUGAGGCAGCCUGGGACGCGGGAAACGAUAAAGAGCGCACCGGGGUAGAAAAUCAGUAUUAUGAGGUAGUGGCGAAAAUUAAGACGUUUUUGUUGAAAACUGAUACGUGUACGGGCCCUGGUGGGUCAACUACAGUAAUAAAUAUUAAUAAAUCUGCAUCCGAUUCUAAUGAAAACGUGACAAAUUUAAAACCGUUGCCUUUACCAGUCUUUUCAGGAAAACUUAGCGAAUGGUAUAACUUCUAUGAUUCGUUUAAAUCAUUAGUGCAUGACGAUAAAACUAUUUCGGACAUUCGCAAAUUUCAUUAUUUGCGCGGUUGUCUUAAAGAUGAAGCGCUCAGAGCUAUUGAAUCACUCACAAUUUCCAAUGAUAAUUAUGUAACUGCACUAGAACUACUCAUUAAACGCUUCGAAAACAAGCGGCUAAUCGUAAACGAGCACGUUUUAAAUAUCUUAAAUAUUACACCGUUAAUGAAAUCAUCUCAUGUAGAAUUGCGCCAACUUUUAGAUGCGGUAAACAAUAACAUUGCAGCGCUCAAGGUUUUAGAAUUACCGGUGGAUCAGUGGGACGCCCUUUUGAUACCUAUUAUAACUGAAAAAUUAGACUAUGCCACCAAACGGGAAUGGCAAACAGUUCUAAACAAGGAGGUUCCAAAAUACGUGGAUUUUAACGAAUUUUUAGAAAAACGAUAUCAAAUUCUUGAAGCAUUAACCACCAUCAAACCGCAAAUUUCAAAUAACUCAAAACCAACAAAUACAUUCAAGAAUAACAACAAUAGUAAUAAUAAUAAGUAUGGCAAUAACAGAUCAUUCUCUAAUCACCUAGUGUACAAGCCCACUUGUAGUUUUUGUAAAAAAGGCCACAGUAUUUAUCAGUGUGACGAUUUUUUGAAGCGGACUGUAGUUGAAAGACUUAACGAAAUAUCAAAAUUACAAAUGUGUGAAAAUUGUUUGCGCACCAAUCAUAAGGCCGAACAGUGUAAAUCAAAGAGUUUAUGCAAAAUCUGUCGUGAAAAACAUCACACUUUGUUGCAUAUUAAUGAAUUUAAUCCAACUCAAACAUCUUUGUACACUGUAGGGCCCAGUCAAGUCCUAUUAAGCACUGUAACAGUGCUAAUCGCGGACAGACACGGUAAUUUUCACAAAUGCAGAGGCCUACUUGAUCAAGGAUCACAGGCAAAUAUUUUAACAUCGAAAAUGUGUAAAAAACUUGGCUUGUUUACAACAAAGGUAGCUACAUCAUUAACAGGUAUUAAUUCAAGGGCUAUCUCCAUAAACGAGGGUGUCAAGGUGACAAUAAAAUCCCUUGCAUCAGAUUUCGCCUCUAAUAUAAAUUGUCUAAUCGUGCCGAAAAUCACAGAGCCGACUCCAUCUUUUUCAUUUCCUAAACAAUUAAUUAAAGUGCCCACAAAUGUAACACCUUCUGAUCAGGAUUUUAAUUCUCCUAAGGAUAUUGAUUUGUUAAUAGGAGCGGGAUUGUAUUGGGAUUUGUUAAUCGGUGCCGCAUUUCAGUUAGAAGUUAAUCAACCAUUUUGGCAAAACACAAAAUUGGGCUUUGAAGGGGACUUAGAAUUGUGUUUAGAGAGUUUAUGGCUAGACGAAGAAAUUGAAGGCGGUACGACUUUGUCCGGAGAUCAUUUACGAUGCGAAACUCAUUUCGGCGAAAACUACGCGAGAAGUUCUCACGGUCAGUUCAUUGUAAAAUUUCCCUUUAUGGAAAAUACCCAACUCGGUAAUUCCUACGACAUGGCAUUAAACAGAUAUUUGGGUCUGGAACGGAAGUUGGGCAAAAAUCCCUCACUAAAGGAGGCUUAUGUCGGUUUCAUGAACGAGUACCUGAAUCUUGGCCACAUGGAACCGGCAGCAAUAAAACAUCUUGAAGGAGACAAUAUUUACUACCUUCCACACCAUGCCGUUUUUAAAAACACAAUUAGUGGCCCUAAAAUUAGAGUUGUUUUUGAUGCGUCGGCACCGACAUCAAAUGGUCUUAGUUUAAAUGACAUUUCGUUAACGGGUCCAACUUUACAGCAAGAUCUUUUUUCUAUACUAUGUAGAUUCAGAACAUAUAAAUAUGUAGUUUCAGCUGAUAUAACUAAAAUGUACAGAAUGAUUUUAAUGCACGAAAAUGACCGCGAUUUCCAAAGAAUCCUCUGGCGGAAUGAAGUUUCGGAACCUGUACAAAUCUAUCGAUUAAAUACAGUGACAUAUGGAACCACAUGCGCACCAUUUUUGGCAGUCAGGUGUUUAUUUCAAUUAGCGCUCGAAGCUGAAAACGAUUUCCCGUUAGCUAGUAACAUAAUAAAACGCGAUUUUUAUAUGGAUGAUCUAUUAUCAGGUAGCAAUUCAAAGGAGGAAGCACUCCUCAUCAAAGGUCAGGUUACGAAAAUUCUAAAAAAAGGUGGUUUUAAUCUUUGUAAAUGGACGUCAAAUUUGGACGAACUUUCAGCAGAAGGAGAUCAUUCAACUGCAAUAAAUCUAAACAAAGGGGAUUAUAAGAUUUUAGGGUUUCAUUGGAACUGUACAGAUGAUCAACUAAAAUAUAAUGUUAAUAUUCAACAAAUUAGCGAACCAUUUUUCCGAAAAAGGAACAAGUUUUCACUUUAUACCAGCCAGAUCACCACAUUUUGGGGGCCUCUGGGAGAGAGCCUUUGCAUUGAGGCCUGUUUAAAUUCACGACCCCUCACCCCUCUAUCUCCUGACCCUAAUGACCUGAACGCUCUUACACCAGGACACUUGCUUAUAGGGGCUCCGUUGACGAACACCGCAGAAGAAGACGUUACACCACUACCCAUCAAUCGUCUCUCACGAUGGCAGCGGGUGCAGCAGCUCCACCAACAGUUUUGGAAGAGGUGGACCCAGGAGUAUCUGUCCGAACUACAAAGGCGCCCUAAAGGUCAACAAUCCUCCACAUCCCAAGUCGCUGUCGGUUCCUUGGUGGUAAUCAUCGAGGACAAUUUGCCACCAUUGAAAUGGAAACUGGGACGAGUGCUCCAACUUCAUCCGGGGCUAGAUGGUGUAGUGAGGGUGGUUACAGUGAAAACAUCGACUGGGGUUUACAAACGAACCAUAAAAAAGGUGUGCUUACUUCCAGCAGACGCAGACUAA